UUCCUGCCAGCUGCGCCUCAGUUUAACAGAGUCUGGGAAGAAGAAUCAACAAGAACCACUGCAUCAGCACCGGUCAAUGAAUGGCACGGAUGAAGAACUAAACUGGUGAAAGACCGUGAAAUUGUAUUAAGGUGCUGAGGACGCUCCAAUCGUUUGUCUACAAGCUCUUGAGAGUUUAUCAAGCUGAAGUGGCUGAGUGGUAGGUAGUCCAAGCCAUGUGGUGGUCGUGGCCCCUGCUCCCUGGCCUGGUACUCUUCUCUGUGCUGUCUGUGGUACAAGUACAGACUGCACCAUGUCAGACCUGCCGCAAACUAACUGACAGCUUCAUCAAGGGCCUGGAGAAAACAUCCAAUAAAAACUUUGGGGGUGGGAACACUGCUUGGGAGGAGGAGAAGCUGGCUAAAUAUGCUCGCAGUGAGACCAGGCUGUUGGAGAUAGUGGAGGCAGCAUGUGAGAAAUCUGACUUUGACUGUAACAAACUGCUGGAGCAAUUAGAGGACCAAGUGGAGACAUGGUGGUUCCACCGGCAGCAGGAGGCUCCAGAUCUAUUUGAGUGGCUGUGUAUAGAGGAGCUCAGACUCUGCUGUCCCCCAGGACGCUUUGGCCCAGACUGCAAAGAGUGUCUGUCCGGUCCUGGAGGUGUGUGUGGUGGUCUGGGUCGCUGUGAGGGAGAGGGUACCCGUCUGGGAGAUGGAGAGUGUGUGUGUGAUCCGGGGUACUUUGGUAAGCUGUGUCAGAGCUGUGCAGAUGGCUACUACAGAGAGAAGAGCUCCAAUCACAGCACACCAGCCUGUGCAGCAUGCUACCACUCCUGUAAAAAAUGCUCAGGGCCAGAGGACUACAAAUGUGUGGACUGCAAACCUGGGUGGAUCCUCCAUGACAACAAGUGUGUUGACACUGAUGAGUGCGGCACAGAGCUGGCUCGAUGCCUCUCCAACACAUAUUGCCACAACACAGAUGGAUCGUACGAGUGCAGAGGCUGUGACCAGGCAUGUGUGGGCUGUAUGGGCAGUGGUCCUGCCCGCUGUAAGAAAUGUGCUAGGGGAUACAAGCUCAGAGGAGCCAAAUGUCUUGAUGUGGAUGAGUGUAGUGAGAGGGUGAUCGCGUGUCCAGGGCUGAAUGAGGCUUGUUUCAAUGAAGAGGGCUCCUUCCGCUGUGAAUGUGCUGACGGCUUCAUCCGAAGGGACAGCAUCUGUGUGGAGAACCAGCCUUACAGUGGUCCAGAGAAGGGCCUGUUUGAUGACAUGACUGAUGAUGAGGUACUUGUCCUGCAGCAGAUGUUCUUUGGCGUGGUCAUCUGUGCCCUAGCAACGCUUGCCGCUAAGGGUGACAUGGUCUUCACCGCCAUUUUCAUCGGGGGCGUGGCCGCCAUGGCCGGAUACUGGCUGUCAGAGAAGGGUGAUCGCAUGCUGGACGGCUUCCUGAAGGGACGCUAGCCUAUCAGGAGCCAGGGAUACGGGAAAGAUGAAGGAACUCAUUGAAUGCAAGCCGAUGCGGGUGACAAAGUCUGGGGGUGGGACGGCUACAGGAACGCCUGCCAUUCAGGAAUGUACUAUACUACUUUGGGGUGGGAGAAGAGGGGUCCUAAAGGAUGCCUUGAAAAGGUUUGGGAUUAUUGUGGGUCUUCUGGAAUAUGAACUUUCCAAAUGUUAGAGGGAAGUGAAUAAGAGAACAUGGACCUCAGAGGAAGGUCAAAUCAGAGAGCUCAAUGGAGGGAGUGAAUAUAGAAGAAGACCAGGUACUACUUGAUCCAAAAACACUGAGAAGACACUAAGGAAACUGGAGUGUCUGUCUGCACUGAUAUGGGAGACAACCCAACCCUCUUGCCUUGACUCUGGGGUAGGGAAGGGACGGAGUUGGGGUAGGAUAAGACCACUACUGAUUGUUACCAAGUUAUUAUGCAUUUGUAUCUUCCACUGGACAAAAUGUUGCUCUAAAAUUAUAUAUGAUUCAAACCAGGUCACAGGUUAGAAUUCUCAAGCCGACUAGGUGAAAAAUAUGUCAAUGUGCCCCUGAGCAAGGCUCUUAACUCUAAUUGCACCUGUAAAUUGCUCUGGAUAGGAGUGUUUGCUAAAUGACUCAAAUGUUCAUGUCUAUCCAUUUCCACUCAUCACAAAUCAAACUUCUUAGGCACCCCUUACCUCAUCAGCAUCUCCUGUUCAUCAUUUCACCUUUUACUGAGGAGCAGAGGGUGUUCCCGUGGUGAUGGGAGAUGCAGGGUGAGAUGGGAUUGUCAUUGGGGCUUUGCACUGAAGGCUGCUGCUAUGGUGGACUUGUUAAGGAAAUAACUGAUGUAUCCUGUUGCGCCAGUUGAAUUCCAUCCCAUGUUAAAACACUGUUUAUUUAUAAUCCUGUUCAUAUUAUGACUGUUUAUCUGUGUUUCUGCACAGACAGAUUCUUGCUGUAUGAAUGCACGAGAAAAGGAUCUGGGAAAGGCUAUACUGUAUGUAUUAUCCUAUGAUUGGCAUGGAAGACUUUAUAGAGCUGCUUGUUUCCCUCUAAACUGUACAACCAGGAUACAAGGAUAAUCACUACUGCUUCACCACCCCCUAAAUCUACUGCCUGAGCAAUCUGCGUGUGUAUGUGAGAGUAAAAUACUCUAGUCCUCUUGAAGAUGUCUCCCAUUUCAUUGUUUUGCAAUAGGUCCUUUCUAAAUGUAUUUUUUUUUGUUUUUAGCAAAGACCUUUUCUGAUUUUAAUUCUGCAUCUGUGUGUGUGUGUGUCUGUGAUACAUUGAGUUUGAUCAGCACCAGGUAAUAUGGGGUACUGUACUGUACUGAAAUGCACAAUUGUAUUUUAUCAGAGGUGUCAACAUUUUACAGUUGAAGCAACUAAAUUAUAUCUGAUCAAUCAUAUCCCUCCUCAUUAUUACCCCCUCAUCCUCAGUAGCUACUAGAUCUAGCACAAUUGUUAUUCAAAUUUUCCAUUUUUUUUCAUUUUCAACCUUCCAGAUUUUGUUUUCAAUAAUAUCCAUUUUAUCUGCUAAUAAUCAUGUCCUUUUGUUAUAUAACGUGUGUGUGUGUUAUGCCUACAUUUCAACUGCAGUUCUUUGCAUUAUGAUCAUUAUUAAAAAGGAAGAAUUCUGAGUUUAGUGUUCUGUUUUUAGCUUUCCAAUAACCUCUCUUACCAUUUUAUUUUGGCAUGCUGUUGAAAGAAAUGUAAUGUGAACUCAUGCUGCUCAUUGCUGAAGACCUUAAUAAAAUACUGCCGUUGCAUGGA